CCCUCUACCAAUUCUGCCGCCAUGGUUGCGCUGAAGGGCAUCCCGAAGGUGCUGUCCCCGGAGCUGUUGUUCGCGCUUGCGCGGAUGGGGCAUGGAGACGAAAUUGUCUUUGCAGAUGCGAACUUUCCUACCUCUUCCAUCUGCCAGUGCGGGCCUGUAGAGAUCCGAGCAGAUGGCCUCGACAUCCCACAGCUCCUGGAGGCUGUACUGAAGCUCCUGCCCCUGGACACCUAUGUGGAAAGCCCGGCUGCUGUCAUGGACCUAGUGCCCAGUGACAAAGAGAAGGGCCUGCAGACCCCAAUAUGGAGCCAUUAUGAAUCCCUUCUUCUCACAGCUGACUGUAAGAAAGCUCUGAUGAAGAUAGAGAGAUUUGAAUUUUAUGAACGUGCAAAAAAGGCAUUUGCUGUUGUUGCAACUGGGGAGAUGGCACUCUAUGGAAACAUCAUCCUCAAGAAGGGAACUCUUGACCUCCGACCCUCAUAGAGACCACUCCAGGCUGACACUUGGCUGUGCCUGAACCCAAUCAGCACACCUUCCCUUGGCAGCAACCAGACCUAGACAUCAGCCUCGUGUUCAAGGAGAUGGCAGAUCUUGAGAGACUCGACGGACCCUGACAAAUUCCCCCUUCUACAACUUGUGAAAUUGAUGGGGGAGGGAGAACAUUCAUUGUCAAUCUUUAAUCUAAAGGCUGUGUAUU